UCGCACAGCUGAUUGCGUGUUUUAUCACGCGUACGCGACCGACGAAGGUGCUUUCUUUGCGUUAUUUACAAAGUUUGCAGAAACAUAAGCACCAGCAGGACAGCGGCGUCUCCACAAAUGUGUGAAAAAAGCAACUGAAAAGUGUAAUACGCUUGUGGCAGGUAAUUCAACACAGAGCAUUGCCAUGGACGACCUGGACAACAUAACGACAACUGGUCCGCCGUUGCCCAGUGCGGAUGCCACAGUGACUGGCGGCGGCUCCCAGAGUGAUACCUCGGAAGAGGAGGAGUAUUUGGAUAACAGCAUCGAGUUGAGGGGCUAUUUGAGCAAAUGGACCAACUACAUAUAUGGAUGGCAGCCACGUUACAUUGUCCUUAAGGAUGGUACGCUCUCCUAUUACAAAUCUGAGUCGGAGUCGGACUUUGGCUGUCGUGGCGCCAUCAGUCUAUCCAAGGCGACCAUUAAGGCCCACGAGUCCGAUGAGUUGCGCUUUGACGUGGUCGUCAACAAUCUGAAUAAUUGGUGCCUGCGCGCCGAGACGAGCGAGGAUCGCAUGCAUUGGGUGGAGGUGCUACAGCUGUACAAGGAGGGCACGGGUAGCACAGACACUACCUCAUUGCGUCGCCAUGGAAGCACAAUGUCACUGCAAUCGAACACAAUUUCUUUGGCCAGUGGCGGCAGCUUGAAGAGAACACUACGCAACUUGCGCGAGAAGGUCGGCGAACUGGAGACCUUCAAGGAUAUACUCUUUGGCCAAAUUGAGACACUGCAACGCUACUUUGAUGCCUGCUCUGAGGUGAACAAAACCAAUUCACAGCCGUUGGAUUUAGGCGAUGGCCUUAAGCCCAUUGAUUUCAAGGGUGAGUCCAUCACGUUUCGAGCCACGACAACUGGUGUGCUGAGCACCCUGCAGCAUUGCCUGGAAAUCAUAGCUGAGAACGAUGAAUCAUGGAAACGCAAAUUAGAGCGUGAAAUUGAUAAGCGUCGUCGCGCCGAGGAACAGAAUAAAAAGUUCAUGGAUGAAAUUGAAAAACUUAAACGUUUAUCAUAUCCCGGCCCAGACUUUGAGGAGGGUCCACAUUCCACACUGCCCGAGGAUGAGUUCUUUGAUGCUGUUGAAACGGGCCUGGAGAAAAUCGAGGAGGACAUGCAGCUGCGUUUUAAACUGAGACUGCAAUCGCAAAUCUCACAGACUCUGGUCAAUGUUCCACACGAGGCCGUUGCCGAGGGCGAGGAGGCACGGGAGGAAUUUGGCACUGGUGCCGAGGCGCAAUCUCACGCCCUUUGGCCGGAGAUUGAUCGCGUGUGCAAGGAGCAGCUACAUAAAGCUCGUGAAGGUGUUGGUCAGGAUGGCAAUGGCUGGCAAAUCUUUGCAGAUGAGGGCGAAAUCAAAAUGUACAAACGCGAAGAGGAGGUCAACGGCAUGGUCAUGGAUCCUCUCAAGGCCUAUCAUUCAGUCAAGGGUGUGACGGCGCGCGAAAUGUGUCAUUAUUUCUUUAUGCCCGAGUUCCGCAACGACUGGGAGACUACUCUUGAGGAUUGCACAAUAUUGGAGAAAAUCUCAGCGGACACGUUGCUCUUUCUGCAAACCCACAAACGCAUUUGGCCCGCCAGCCAGCGUGAUGCACAAUUCUGGUCGCACAUGCGAAAGAUUAACGACGGCCUCGAACCUGACACACGCGAUAUGUGGGUUGUCUGCAAUAACUCCACGGAGUAUGCCAAACAGGAGUCGAAGAAUGGCAAAUGCGUGCGCAUCUUUCUGACGGUCAUAUUAGCCUGCCAAACACAUUUGCCGGAUGGCUACGUCAAGGGUCAACCGCUGAGUCGAGACGAUCUAACCUGCAAAGUGACCUACUGUUCUGUGGUUAAUCCCGGUGGCUGGGCACCAGCGAGCGCCUUACGCGCUGUCUAUAAGCGUGAAUAUCCCAAGUUUCUGAAACGCUUUACCGGCUAUGUGAUAGACCAGUGCAAGGAUAAACCGAUUAUGUUCUGAAAUUUUGCCAUAAGCAACAAAGCAAUCAAUCAACCAAUCAAAACAACUAUGUGUUUAUCGUCGUCGUCUAAUUAUUUUCUAAGCCGCAGCAACAACACGUUAAGAGUUGUGAGUUGUGUUUUGAACACCCCUCGUAAUAAUCCUACUACCAUUACUCUCUACUGUGUAAAUGUGCUUUAAGUGAAAUGUUAGAAUGUUCAUUUUGUAAUCCAAGUAAACCUGUUUAGCCUUAAGUUAUUGCUAAGUGAUAAAAUGGAAACAGACAAAAGCCCAAACACACAUCAACACAAGCACGAAACACAAUCAUUGUAUAGCGCUCUCCUUGUGUUAUAGCUCUAUUGAAAUGCUUUAAAUGCAAAAAUUGCAACAAAGAAAUGUUUGUUUUUAGGAAUGAGAAAAAUAAUAUAAGUUUUGUUCAUUUCGAUACGCCUGAAUCUACAUUAAAAAGUCUGUGUUUUUCAUUUUUUUAUCGAAACAAUCAACAAACAUUUUCAAAGUGUCGAAUGUAAAUAAAAGCGAUUUAUUGUUAACUAAACUGAAAAAAUGGUGCACAGCUAAAUAUAAAAUAAAAGACCAAAAGUUUUUGCUUAAGUUUUCGCAUUUUUAUCCAUAUUUCAUGCCAUGUAUUUCGACCACAAAUUGUACACAAACAAAUGUACAUAAACUGUGUAUUCUUUUGUAUUUGUUUUUUCUUUCUAUGUUGUUUAUAAGUAUAUCUUCUGAUGAGUUUUACAACUUUAUGUCAUUUCUAUCAUUUCGUUUUGACGUUCGAUUUCGUUAUCGUUUUCUUUAAAUUCUUACAACCAAGUUAAUUUCAGAAUUUGUAAAUGCCUAAAACUGUGCAGUCUGAAAUGUUGCUUAGCCGAAAGAAACAAUGUCUGAAUAGAUUGUUUUAUAGUUAGUUAGUUUUGCCUACAAUGUUGCCAUUAAAUCGUAUUUUCAUUAUCAAUAUUAUAAUAUAUAAUGUAUUUCUUUUCUUUAAUGAUAUUGUCAUGUAGAAUUGGUUUGGUUUCAUCUUUGAGCUAUUGCAAAAUAUAAUCAUUUAUCUGUGUCUGUCUGUCGGUCUAUCUGCGAUGUGGUUCAUAAUUUGGCAAACAAUCGGAUUAGCUUGAGCUGCUUUGAAUUUCUAUAAAAGUUUGCUAAAUUCUGGUUCUAUGAAAAUGCAUGCUGGCUUACGACUUUGGCUUGUUCUAAAUAUUCCACUAAAUCCUUUAUGAUUUAUAUAAUUAAAUGUCAUUCAUAUUUCAUAUAUCGAUUCUCAGCUAUAUACAACAGUUUCAUGCAUAUUUGGUAUUGGUUUUACAAAUUACAAAUUAAUUAAAUUCAUUUAAAUAACUAGCUAACAUUUUAUUUCAUUUUUCUCUUAACUUAUGCAAAAAUUGAGGAAAACACAUACAAAUUCAACUGAAUUUACUACAAAUACUUGGGUGUUUUGUGUUCGUGUGCAUGUGAAUGCGUGUCUCUGUUUAUUCACUAUAUGUUUGUAUAUAUUUACUAUAGUUAUCAUUCAUGCAUUAUCUCGCUUUUUUUGUUAUUGUGAUUAUGACUAGUGUUUAUGCUCUGCAAUUAAGAAUGUCAUCGAGAUACCCUAUCCUUUUAGUUCUUCGUAGUUUUCUUAGCUAUGCAAAACAUUUUAAAUGCGGCCUGCCGCAGAUCCACUUUUGUUUGUCCGUCCUACAACUCUUUUCUUUACAUUAAAUGCUUAACAUUAGUCUAUGCAUAAUGCAUUAAUAUUAAUAAAUAUAAGUAUAUGUAACUUAAUGCUUGUUGUUGUUCUCAUUGUUUAAACUUAUUAAAUAUGCUGCUUUUCAAGUCCAACUAAGCAUAAUCAGUA